AUGAAUUAUCAGCACCUGAGUCUGGGGCUUCUCACCCUAGCUGGAGUAUCGGCUUUCGAGGCAGCAGUAUUAAGGAGCAAUUGCCAGCAGUAUACUGUCAUUUCAAACGAUACGUGCAUCGGUAUCUGCAGUCAUAAUAAUAUCACCUAUGCUCAACUACUUUCUUGGAAUCCGGGAAUUGAUCCCGGAUGCUCGAAUCUCGCGAGCUUCAUCGAUAAAAGCAUAUGCCUUAGUAACCCUCAAGGCCAAUUCUCAAUAACCAGUAACACAAUCAGUGCAACUGCAAUUGCGACCACAACAGCUUCUGUCCCAUCACCAACAUUAAACCAGACGACUUCUCGUUGUGCCCAAUAUUACCUGAUUUCUGAUGGAGACGAUUGUUCCCUCCUGGCUACAAAAUUUGGUAUCACUCUCAAGGACUUCAUCUUCUUAAACUCGGAAGUAUGGUCCAAUUGUGCAAACCUAGAGCUAGGCUACUAUUACUGUGUCCAACCUGUCGGAUAUAUUUCCACCUAUCCUGGACAUGGCCCUCGCGCUACAGCACCGCUCUUUAACCAGACUCCUACUACUUCACUACCAAAAAUUGACAAUCCUCUAGCGAAUUGGCCCGUGAACGAUUCUAUCAUCCCCAUCGCGAAUAAUACGCGGAAAGAUUGCUAUGACUACAUUUACAUGAAUAACACAAAUACUACGGAAAACCUAGCUGCAGACUGUUGGAAUCUGGCUUGGGCUUAUGGAAUCACCGUGAGGUAUGACUGA